AUGAACAGGAGUUUGCUGGUGCAGGGCGUAGCACAAUACAACAUGGUUCCAGAUUGUGUAUCACAAUGUUUGUCUGUGCCUCUAUCAGUGUCCCCACAUCCGAAAACCAUAAUUGACAGUAUACACAACGAUGACAACGAAUUCACCGGAGAUGGCUACACAAGUCUGGCCAUCAUUUAUGCAGUAUUUGCAGUGUGCAAUUGGUUGGCACCAUCUGCUAUUAGUCUGGCGGGUCCUAAGAUUGCUAUGAUUUUUGGAGCUGUAACUUAUUUAUUCUUCAUAAUGACAUUUUUAUUGCCGAAAACGUGGCUACUAUACUUUGCCAGCGCUGUGAUAGGUGUUGGCGCCGCGAUGAUAUGGACGGGCCAAGGAAACUACCUGACACUGAAUUCUAGUCCUGCGACGAUAUCCCGGAAUUCCGGUAUUUUCUGGGCCAUGCUCCAAGCUAGUAUGUUUAUUGGAAAUCUAUUCGUAUAUUUCCAAUUCCAAGGGAUGGACACUAUUAUCGAGGAAGCCAGGAUUAUAGUCAUAUGGGUGUUAUCCGCAAUAGCAAUUUUUGGUGUAUUCCUUUUACUCGUUCUGCGUAAAGCGCCAAGAGAAGAAAGCGCGGUUGUAGAUGCUCAACCUCAAGGGCCGGUCGAUGCUUUGAGAGCUGCAGGUCGUCUCUUCAUAACGAAAAGAAUGAUUAUGCUCAGUUUCACGUUCUUCUAUACAGGAAUUGAGUUAUCAUUCUAUAGUGGUGUAUACAGCUCCAGUAUAGGCUUCACGAAUCAAUUUGGUGAAAUUGCCAAACAACUUGUAGGAUUGUCCGGAAUAUUCAUAGGCGUGGGCGAAGUGUUGGGUGGUGCAUUAUUCGGUAUUCUGGGAGCAAAAACGACCCGUUGGGGAAGAGAUCCGAUAGUCAUGUGCGGCUUCAUAAUCCACGUGAUAGCCUUCUUUUUGAUAUUCCUGAACUUAGCAAAUACUUCUCCUUUUGGAAGUACAAGUGAACCAGCCUUCAUUGCCAGCAACGCACCUUUGGCGAUCUUCUGCUCAUUCCUUCUUGGUUUCGGCGACGCCUGCUUCAAUACCCAAAUCUACUCGAUACUUGGCGGCGUUUAUGCUGAUGACAGUGCAUCGGCAUUCGCUAUUUUCAAAUUCAUCCAGUCCGUGGCUGCUGCAGCUUGCUUCUUCUAUGCAUCGCAUAUAGGACUUUACAUCCAAUUGGGAGUCCUCCUGUUCCUGGCUGUAAUUGGUACAAUUUGCUUCGUCUGCGUGGAAUGGUCAGUUAAGAAAGAGAUCAACAGUAAAGUCGAAAUCGCUGGAGAUUCAUCAAUAUCCGACUCGAAUUCCAGUACAAGCAUCGACGAGAAUCCUUAAAACAAAUCAAAUCCUACACGACCUAUUAAGAAUGAUGGAUAGACGGGUAGUUUUCUAUAGUAUAUUGAGUGCUCAAAUUGCGUUUAGUUUGACAUAGAAUAUAUGUAAGUUUAUUCCACAAUCGUUUGAAAUCCAAUCGAUUACAACUCAAUCUACGAAAUCGAGAAGAAGUAUGAAGACUGAUAGUAUUUUUGUGCGCGCCGAUUUCGUUAUUUUUCCUUCCACAGAUUUUCUUUUAUACUUUUGUUUACUCUAGUAUUUCAUUAAUCAAUCCAAUAUUCUUUUUUUUAAUACUUUAUUUGAAAAUGUCUUGAAUUGUUAACCCGAAUGUUUUAAUUGAAUCACAGAACUAUUAUUACUAUUAAUUAUUAUUACUGUUAAUAUCGUUUACUUUCUUCAAGUUUGUUUCCUUAUGUUUCAAAUGUUGUAUAUUAUUUUUGCGUGCUUGUGUAUAUUUUGUAAAUGCAAAUGACGCAUUCAGGUUCAAACUCCAAACUGUCUGUGAUUUUAUAUUUGUAGUGUUAGUAGAUUAUUAAGUAAAUCGAAAUUCCGAGAAGAAAAUCUUUUACAUUCCAAUUAUAUUGAUCAGAUGAGGAAUCAAAUUUAUAUAAAUGCAUAUACGUGGUUGGUUAUGGCUCAUGAAAUUUUUUAAUAACGUUAUAUGUUAUGGUAAU